AUGCUCAAGAACAUUGCCCUCGGCCUAUUGGCCGCUCAGAGCGUCACUGCCACCCGGUUCGCCAUGUACAUUGACCACGACCUCCCCGGUACAGAACAGACCCAGGACGUCGACUAUGCUGUGAUGGCAUUCGCAAAGACAACUCUCUUCAACUCGGACUCGGCGCCGUCUUUCACUCCAUUCCAGCCUGUCGAUGAUAUGCGCAAGCGCUUCAGCCCAGACACCAAGCUCAUGAUCGCCAUCGGUGGAUGGGGAGAUAGUGCAGGGUUCUCGACCGGCUCAAAGGACGACGCCAGUCGCAAGCGCUAUGCCAAGAACGUCGCCUCCAUGCUCGAGACCAACGGCUUUGAUGGAGUCGAUAUCGACUGGGAAUAUCCCGGCGGCAAUGGCGACGACUACAAGACAAUCCCGAACAAGGACAAGGUCGACGAAAUCGAGAACUACCCCAAGUUCCUCGCCGCCCUCCGCGAGGCUAUCGGCAACAAGACUCUUUCCAUCGCUGUCCCCGGCCGCCUGCAAGAUAUGAUCGCCUUCACGAAGGAGCAGGGCCCCAAGAUCUUCGAGACUGUCGACAUGGUCAACGUCAUGAGCUACGACUUGAUGAACCGCCGCGACAAUACUACCUUCCACGCCAGCGACGUCGCUGGAUCCCUGGAGACUAUCAACGCAUACCUCGACAUCGGCGCUAAGCCCGAGCAGCUCAAUCUUGGAUUCGCCUACUAUGCCAAGUGGUUCGAGACGGACCCUAACUCUGACUGCGACGAGCACCCGCUCGGCUGUGCGACUGUCAAGCUCGAGAACUCCGACGGCAGCGACACCGGCAAGUCUGGCGCCGUGACUUUCGAGAAGAGCCCCGAGUACAUGCCAGCUGCUGUCACUGAAUCCUGGAAGCGUGCGCAGAAGGGCGGCAUGACUGAUGAGGAGAAGGGUGGCCAGUACUUCUGGGAUAAGGAGACGAAUUACUUCUGGACUUGGGAUACUCCUGAGAUCAUCACGCGCAAGUUCAGUGAUAUCGUUGAUGCUAAGAAGCUUGGUGGUGUUAUGGCUUGGAGUCUGGGUGAGGAUACGCUUGAGUUUGCUCAUUUGCAGGCGAUGCAGAAUGGUGUUCGUCACUCUAACCAGAAGAAGGCUGAUGCUACGAUGGUUGCUGCGAAGAAGCCUGUCGCAAAGAAGCCUGUCGCGAAGAAGCCCGCUGCCCAUAAGCCUGCUGCUAAGAGCCAUGCCUAG